UACCAAAUCAACUGACGUUCCAGUCUCUAAUACUACUCCUGUCUCCCCACAAUACACCUCGUUUUAUCUUCGCAAUAAUGCCUGACCCCGCUCCGUUUUGGCUGUGCCAUGAGUGUGGUGCACAAAUGCGACCAGUCACAAUUGACGGAACGCCCCAUUGUGCAUCAUGUAACGGGGAAUUCAUUGAAAUUCUCGAUCCUGAAGUCAACCCUGAUCCUGACUAUGAACUGCCUCCUCCACCACCCACUCGACCUGGUCAACAAACACCGUCUCGCUUUGAUCCGCAUUUCUUGUCCAACUUUCCACCUCCUCAGUCUGAAGGAUCAUCGUCACCAGCUCGUCAAAGAGACACCAAUAAUACUGGGAAUUUCCUAUCCAGCCUCUUCAGUAUGCUCGGAACCGGUUCUCGGCAAGGAAGCGAAGAAACACCUCGGCGACCACCUCCAUCCUUUCACGGGGAACCCUCUGCUUCGCAAAGAAAUGGUCAAUCCCAGAAUACAGAUCGUCCGGGAAUGCGAACCUACGCUUUUAAUUUCGGAAACGCUCGUGGAAGUGUAACAAUUGGAAGCUUUGGCUCAAAUUUGGGGCGCCAAGGGUAUAGAAUGAAUAAUGACCCCACAUCGCCGUCAGGCAAUCUGUUUAACGACCCGGAUCCGUUUAGAGCGGAUCCAUUUGAUGCUAGAUUCCGGCCUCCGGGGGAUGGCAACCGUGACAUUAAUGGGGACAUGCCAUUACCGUUGGGCGCCAAUGAAGCCCUUCAACUCAUUGCGGCACUCCUUGAUGGUAAUCCUCCCCCUAAUAUGGGCAAUCUAGGAGACUUCGCGACUUCAGACGCGGACUUCAUGAGAAUAUUGCAGGAGACUUUCAUGGAGGCCGCCGGGCCCCAGGGGCCUGUACCCGCCAAUGAGACUGUCAUCGAAGGCUUACCAAGGUUCACGUUUGACUCUGGUUCUUUGGCAAAAAGCCAAUUCAGAGACUGCCCUGUGUGUAAAGAUGAUUUCGAGAUUGGUAAUGAAGUGAUGCUCAUCCCAUGUGGACAUAUCUAUCAUCCGGAUUGCCUAGUGCCUUGGCUUCGGCAAAAUGGCACAUGUCCUGUCUGUCGAUUUUCCCUUGUCAGUGAGGAUGAACAACCGAAUAACCAAAGAACACCCAAUGUUGGGACCGAGCAUACCCGCAAUGCCGAAGAAGAAAGACCUGCUACACCUACUAUACCUGCUGCUGUGUCAAAUUUCUUCAGGAAUCUCUUCGGCGGCUCUGAAUCUCAACCUUCAACCCCCAGGGCUGCCGCUGGAGGAGGGCAUGGAAGUAAUGCUUCACAGGACCCUCAUUCAUCCGUGAACGUAGUAAGCGAAUCUACAAUAUCUGCAGAUGCGUCUUCUCGCCAUUCACCUACUAUUCACGGUGCUACACGACGGGAGCAAGUUCAACCGUGUGAUGAAGUAGCAUCCGAAGGAUCAUCUAAUGAUUCUCUUGUCCGUGUUUAUCCUGAGCAUUCGUCGGGUGAGACUCACGGAGAUGGCGCUACCGAUGGGGAGGCAGGAAGGAUUGCUGAACAAGAGCAGCAGGUGGCAUCGAGAGAUAGAUUGGCGGAUAGAGUCAACAGAGAUUUCAAUGAACGAUGGCAGAGGUUGAGAAGGGAGCGGGAGGAGGACGAUACUGUUUAUCAUCCGGAUCUUGAUUAGUAUGCAUUCCGAGAGUGAAACUCAUUAAAUCCAUUAGCAUUAAAAGCGAAUAGAAACGAAUAGUCAUGAAGUUGUACUUGUAAAUGGAACACUUGAAACUCUUUCCAUGCAUGCUGCGAUAUCAUUGCGGUUCCGUAGUUCGCAUAUAAUAGGUGGGUAUCAGGAUCCCUGAAUUAAUUUGACCGCCCGACGAGUCCCAGAGUAGUACUUUUAUACAACCAUGUAUGACAACAUUAUUAUUAUUAUUACACUAUACUC